CCAUUGAAUGACGCAUUUUGACAUGUAGUUCAUAUUUCUGUUGAAAAUGUCUUGGAUUUCAGUGAUUUAUUGCUUAGUUAUAUUCAUCAAUUUUAUCACAUUUAUUUUGGGCACUUCAUCACUAUCAUCUUCACUAAUAUCAUCAAGGACUGCUGAUAUUCAAAUGAAUAAUGAAACGAUAGCUAAUAGAAUUGUUGGCGGUGAAUCGAUUAGUAUUGAAGCAAUGCCGUUCAUGGUUUCUAUUCAGUGGCGACACGAAUUUUCACAUCACUGUGGUGGUAGUUAUAUUAAACCUAGUUUUGUACUAACCGCUGCUCAUUGUUUAGUUAGAAAUUCUGGAGUUCACUGGACUCCUGAAGAUUAUAAUGCAUUUGUCGUGAUGGCAGGAAGCUCAAAUCUAGGAUAUUCUCCAACAUGGCAAAUUCGCAAUGUUGAAUGGAUUAUUCCUCAUCCUAAAUUCACUUUUCGUCCAAUGACUCAUGACAUUGGACUCGUUAAGAUUGUAAAACCUUUUCGUUUAACGCGUUAUGUUAAUUUCUUACCAGUGCCAAGCUUUUAUGACCAUACAUUAUUCAACGAUCCAAAAAUUUGUACAGUAUCCGGUUGGGGUCGAACGGCUAAUAGAUAUGACCCAAUGGUAUUGAGACAUGUGAAUGUACCAUUAAUGCAAAUGGCACAGUGUAAAGAAUACCUCGGAGCAUCCUUUUCUUCAGAGCAGAUUUGUGCAGGAAGACUAGAGGGUGGCGUUGAUGCAUGCCAAGGUGACAGCGGCGGCCCACUUAUCUGUGAUGGAAAACAAGUUGGAUUAGUGUCUUGGGGAUACGGAUGUGCAGAACCAUAUUCACCUGGAGCUUAUACACGAGUUGAUCUUUAUUUAAAUUGGAUUCACCAAUAUACGUUGAAAAGAAGCUCUAGUGCCUCUGUAAUGUUGUCAUAUAAUAUUUUUGCGAUUAUCAUAUUUGCACUGCUUUUUAAUAUCAUUUCAUCAUGAAAUUCAUUAAUGAAAUAAUUGGAACAUAAUAAA